GAAUCUUUCACGCCAGCCCGAGGUCGUGGUCUCUUGACCGAUACAAGUCAAAGUCUGCUUCCACUUGUUUUUACUCUUUCAUCAUCAUACUACUAGUAUUACAUCUACAAGCCGCUCUCAAAAAUUUCUAACCUCAUACUUACCGCCAAAAACUGUGAUAAAAGCAAGCUAACGCGACUUCAUUCGCGUUCAUUCUAUUGCAAGAACGUGACUAAUAUUGUUACAGCAACUUUCUCUACUAUUAUUAAGAUUGCUCUCAGUCAACUACCGAUAUAGAAGCCUCACAAUGAAUCAUUGCGUGACUACCGAUAACCAAGCGCUUCAUCAUUGUCAAUGAUGAAGCGCUUGGUUAUCGCGACGCUCUUUGGGCGGCAAGACUUCGUCGUCGUCGCCUUGAAGGCCACGCCGUCGUCCUCGUCCGGGCAUCGGAGCACUGGCACUCUACGUCAACCGGACCACGCUGAGUUUGUCAAGACGGUUUUUGGUGCGGAAACCGCUUUGCGCCGGCCCGUAGACGAUUUGUUGGGCGAACGGCUGCAAGAGGUUCGGAAAGAGUUUGAACGCAAGCUAGCGGCCGGCGAGGAGGAGCCGAAGGAAAUCGGCUUCCUUGAUGGUGAGGCCAUUGCGCAGUUCGAAAUGGAUGCGUCCUUUUUGUUGCGCCACGUGUUCGAGCUGUUUUUCGAGAAAGAAGAGAAUCUCUGCCACGACACACGUUUUGCGCCAGAGUGUCCGAACUUGUGCCCUCAAGGUGACGCCGAUCCCACAUCCGCUCAGGAGAACGAGGGGCGGAAGGCAGAGCGGAUCAAAAAGCUCAACAAGCUCCUCAGCGACAUGCAGGCGAAGAAGAAGAUCAAUCUGCCGGCCGGUGUUGAGCCGGCAUCCGAGCUGGAGCGCGACUGGCAAAAAGUUUCUCAGGCUUUCGCGGACGUAGUUUCACCGACAGGCCAUUACAGUUUCCGCUUUAAUUUCUUCGGUUUUAGUGCGAUACAAGCCUAUUUUUCGCGCACGGCUCCGGAAGGUAGAGCCUUUGAAACUACUCGUGGCACAGAACGCUAUUUCGCCCCUACUCGUGGCACAGAACGCUAUUUCACCGUCGGCUUCGCUGCCGAGGGUCCCGGCAUCUUACCCUUUCAGAGGUUCUACAACCAAUUCGAGUGCGUUUUCAAGUUUGACAGCGAGGCGCUUGCAAGGGGGAUGACCGUGGAAAAGUUGCAGAUCGUCAGCGACCCUUUGUGGAAUACUCCUGCUCGUGGGCCCGGCCCUUUUGGCAGCAUUGAGUAUCCUCUUGAUGCCUAA